AAUUGUAAUAAUUCGACAUUUAUAAUUUUGACAAAUAUUUUAAUUUUUUAUAACAUUGAUAUAUCGCCAGAUUUUGUGUGGGCAAUCGAACUAAAUCGAUUCGGUUUGGAUCUGGUCGGUUUAUGGCCCAAAACCAAUGAGACAGUUAAGUAUACUUUUGUUUCCGAUCUUCGUGUAGGAAUAAUUUUCUUUAUAGUAACUUUCCUAUCCAUUAUUCCUCUUUUAUGCUCCCUUGUACAAGUUUGGGGUGACAUGAUACUUAUAGUAGACAAUCUCCAAGUUACUUUAUCUUUAUUAGCGGUUUCGCUGAAACUUGUCAUCAUGCGAUGGAAACGUACAGCUGUCGCAAUUCUCGUAAAGAUGAUGGCGGAAGAUUGGAUGGAAUUAAAGAAAGACGCAGAAAGGGAUGUGAUGAUAAGACAAGCACGAGCUGCGCGAUUGAUCAUAAUCUGUGGAUGUUUUUUGAUGACAUUUGUUUUCAUCUUGCUCAUCAUUCUUCCUUCUUUUGGGUUACACUUCAGAUAUAUAACCAAUCUUACGGAUCAAAAAAGACUAUUACCGUUUCAGGCGUAUUACUUCUACGACACAGAUAGAAGUCCGCAAUUUGAGCUUGCGCUUAUGAUUCAAGCAAUAACGAUGUUUCUAGGCGGAAUAACUUAUACUUCAGUAGAUGCUUUUCUUGGACUCACGAUCUUUCACAUUUGUGGCCAAUUGGAAAAUUUCAAACAUCGAUUGGUCAAUUUGAUAUCAAGCAAGGAUUUCGAUUAUGCUUUGCAUAAUAACGUACAAACUCAUUUACGAAUAAUAAGGUUUGCCAGUAAUAUUGAAGAUACAUUUGCCUUAAUGAUGUUGGGAUUAGUAUUUUAUUUUGGUAUUGCAUUUUGUCUAUUUGGAUUUGUAUUGGUUACUGUGAUUACAGGGAACGAGACAAGUCACAUGUCUCUUAUAAGAGUAUGCUUUUUGGUAAUUGGAAACUUUACUCUAUUAGCGCAUACAUUUCUCUACUGCGGUGCAGGAGAAAUUAUAGCAGAGCAAUGCGAAGCAGUAUAUCGUGCUAUAUGCGAUCUUGAGUGGUACAAAUUGGAACCAAGGAAAAAGAAACAUCUUAUUUUAUUAAUGAUGCGUUCUAAUGAAUCUUUUCGCAUCACAGCGGGAAAGAUAUUUCCACUAACGAUGACCACAUUUUGCAGUAUAUUAAAAACAUCGGCUGGCUACAUAUCAUUUUUAUUAGCAAGUGGGAUUGAUUCAUGA